AGGUGAGAAGGACUUCCCAGCCAGCACAGGCCUUCUCCAGCGCCUGACCCUUCACAGUGAGUUUAAGCCACAAAGGGACGCCAAGUGCAGGGAGGCCUUUGGAACUGGAGAGAAUGAUUAUAUGUGUGCUCAGUGUGGGAAAGCCUUCAGCCAAAAACAGAUUCUUGUUCAGCACCAGAAAAUCCAUACUGGAGUAAGGCCUUAUGAGUGUAGCAGAUGUGGGAUGGCCUUCAUUAGAAAAUUCCAUCUUGUUCAGCACCAGAAAACCCACACUGGAGAAAGGCCUUUUAAGUGCAAUGAAUGUGGGAAAUUCUUUAGGUAAAACUCCACACUCAUUAGUCAUCAGAAAGUUCAUACUGGGUUAAGCCCUUAUGAGUGCAGCAAAUGUGGGGAAUUCUUUAAAUAUAAUGCUAACUUCAUGAAACAUCAGAGAAUUCAUAAUGGGGAAAGGCCUUAUGAGUGCAGAGAAUGUGGGAAAUUCUUUAGGUACAACUACAGACUAGUAAGACAUGAGAGAGUUCACACAGGAGAAAGGCCUUAUAAAUGCAGUGAGUGUGGAAAAUUUUUCAGGUACAGCUCCACAUUCAUUAGACAUCAGAGAGUUCACACUGCAGAAAGGCCUUAUGAGUGCAGUGAAUGUGGAAAAUUCUUUAGGUACAAUUCUACACUAAUUAAACACCAGAGAGUUCACACUGGAGAAAGGCCGUAUGAGUGCAGUGAAUGUGGGAAAUUCUUUCGGUAUACCUCCACACUCAUUAGACAUCAAAGAGUUCAUACUGUAGAAAGGCCUUAUGAGUGCAGCUUAUGUGGGGAAUUCUUUAGGUACAAGUCCAAGCUUAUUAAACAUUGGCAGAAUCACACUGGAGAAAGACCUUACGAAUGCAGUGAAUGUGGGAAAUCCUUUAGGUACCACUGCAGACUCAUUAGACAUAAGAGAGUUCACACUGGAGAAAGGCCUUAUGAGUGUAGCGCAUGUGGGAAAUUCUUUCGGUACAACUCCAACCUCAUUAAACAUUGGAGAAAUCACACUGGAGAGAGGCCUUAUGACUGCAGUGUAUGUGGGAAAGCCUUUAGCCACAAACAUAUACUUGUUGAGCAUCAGAAAAUCCACACUGGAGAAAGACCUUACAAGUGCAACAAAUGUCAGAAGGCCUUCGUUAGAAAGUCCCACCUGGUUCAUCACCAGAAAAUCCACAAUGAAGAUAAGCCUAUGUUUACCAUGAAUAUGGGGGAUUCUUUGGGUGCAACUCCAUCCUGUUAAUUAGAGUUCACACUGGUAAUGGCCUUAUGAGUGCAGAGAAUAUGCUAAGUCCUUUACCACUCCAAACUCAUUACACUGGAGAGAAGCCUUAGGUGUUCACACUGGAAUAGGGCCUAAAUGAGUACAGUGAGUAUGGGUAAUUGUUUGGCUACAGUUCCCCACUCAUUAGACAUGAGGAGGACCUCACAUUGGAGGAAGGCCUUCUGAGUGCAGUAAGUGUAGGAAAGUCCUAAAAUGUAACUUCGGCCCCACUACACAUCAGAGAUUUUACAGUGGAGAAUGACCUUGUGAGUGCAGCAAAUAUGGGCACAUGUUCAGCUAAAACUCUCAUUCAGCACCAAAAAGUUCACACCAGAGAGAGUACUGCAAAUGAGGAAAGACUUCAGCCAAAAGUUUGCUCUAACUUAUCCCUGGGAACUACUGUAAUGUAGUUUUUUAAUUAAAAAUUUUGCAUUUUUAAUUGUAUAAAAUACAUGUUAACGAAGUUUAUCCUCUACCAUUAAUUGUACAGUUUACUGUUAAAAAUCCACAUAUUUAGUUAGAACAUUUGUGCAACUAAUCUCCAGAAUUCUUUCCAUCUUGCAAAAUGAAAACGCUAUGCCCAGUGAACAAUAGCUCUUCCCACCCACCCCCAACCAACCUGGCAAUCAUGUUUUACAGUCUGUCUCUAUGAAGUCUACACUUCUGGUACUUUAUACAAGUGGAGUCAUACAAUAUGUCUUUUUGUGUCUUUGUGACUGGCUUAUUUCACUUCACAUAAUUUCCUCAUUUUGAAGCAUUUGCCAGCAUUUCUUUUUUAUAUGAGAAGGGAUCAGAGUUGACCCGCCUAAGAUAUGGGGUAGGGUGCAUGAUGAGUCUAUACAGCUUUGCCAGACGUUAAUGAUAUUUCUAGAGGAAGAAGAGAUCUAGAUUUUACAUGGAAUCUUUUCCUUAACAGCCUUAUUGAAGUAUAAAAUACAUUAAACUGCACUUACUAAAAGUGUAAAAUACAGUUUCAUAUAUGUGUGUACAGUGGUACCAUCGCUAACAUAAUAAACAUAUUUAUUGCCCCUAUAGUUUCUCUUGGCCCCUUCCUGUUCUCCCUCUCCCAACCCUACCCAAUUUGUCAUCCCCAAGUAGACAUUUAGUUACAUUUUCUAGAAUUUUAUAUAAAUGGCAUCCUACAGUUACUCUUGAAUGGUUGUUUUCACUAAGCUCAUACAUAUAUUUAUAGUGUUAGCCAUCUUGUGUGUACAAAAGCAUGGCAUCAAAUUAGAGUAAGCAAGGCUUUGUUAUGUAUUAGAACUGCAUUGUUUAUAAACAACAAAGGUGCUUUUGUGUUCUGACAAUCACUCAGAAAAAGUUGUUUAAAGUGGGAAAGUGAUAUUUAAACUAAGUAACUUAAAGUUUCAUAUGAAUUCAUUAUCAAUAAAAAUUUUGAACCAUCUGC